AUGUCGGGGUAUCCAGGUGGUCACCAUGACCACUACGAUGAUGGCUACGGUCAACAGGCUGGUGGCAACACCGAGUCCUACUACCAGGAUGAUCAGUACUAUGACAAUGGCGGCUACGAUGCUCGUGGCGGCCAUGGCGCCCAGGCGGGCAACGCCGGCGAUGGCUACUAUGACGAAUCGGGCUACUACAACGCCGAUCCCAACAACCCGUAUCACCAGGACGGUGGCUACUACGAUGGCCACGACCAGUAUCAAGACGACUACUACAACGGGAAUGGUGGCUACUAUGACCAGGAGUACAAUAACGGAUACGCCGGUCACGGGGCUCGCCACGGCUCCGAGAAGGACUCGGAGACAUUCAGCGACUUCACCAUGAGCUACGGCGAUGGCCAGCGAGGAUUCCGCCCGCCCUCCUCUCAGAUUUCGUAUGGCGCCAACCGCUCCUCCGGCGCCUCGACACCGAACUACGGCAUGGACUACGGCAAUGUCCUGCCCCCCGGCCAGCGAUCCCGGGAGCCAUAUCCGGCCUGGACUUCGGACGCUCAGAUCCCGCUGUCCAAAGAGGAGAUCGAGGACAUCUUCAUGGACCUGACGUCCAAAUUCGGAUUCCAGCGAGACAGCAUGCGAAACAUGUACGACCACCUCAUGACGCUGCUCGACUCGAGGGCCUCUCGCAUGACGCCCAAUCAAGCUUUGCUGUCUCUCCACGCCGACUACAUUGGCGGUGACAAUGCCAACUAUCGCAAGUGGUACUUCGCAGCUCAUCUCGACUUGGACGAUGCCGUGGGCUUCGCCAACGCCAAAAACGACGCUCUUCAGGACCUCGAGGGUGACAACAGUCUCGAAGCGGCCGAAUACCGCUGGAAGACGCGCAUGAAUCGCAUGUCGCAGCAUGAUCGUGUGCGCCAGAUUGCUCUCUAUCUCCUCUGCUGGGGCGAAGCCAACCAGGUUCGGUUCAUGCCCGAGUGCCUCUGCUUCAUCUUUAAGUGCGCCGACGACUACCUCAACUCUCCUGCCGGCCAUGCGCUCGUCGAGCCCGUGGAUGAAUUCACGUACCUCAACAAUGUCAUCACCCCACUCUACCAGUAUUGUCGAGACCAGGGGUACGAGAUUCUCAACGGGGUUUAUGUCCGCCGGGAACGCGACCACAAGCACAUCAUUGGGUACGACGACUGCAACCAGCUGUUCUGGUACCCCGAAGGCAUUGAGCGCGUCGUGCUCCAGGACAAGAGCAAGCUCGUCGACGUGCCGCCUGCCGAACGGUAUCUCAAACUGAAGGACGUCGAUUGGAAGAAGUGCUUCUUCAAGACGUACAAGGAGACGCGAUCGUGGGGCCAUCUUUUGGUCAACUUCAACAGAAUCUGGAUCAUUCACCUGACCAUGUUUUGGUUUUAUACCGCACACAACGCGCCGACCCUUCUUGUCGGCUCCAAGUACGAGCAGCAGGUCAACAACCAGCCACCCGCGUCCAAACAGUUCUCUGUGGUUGCGUUCGGCGGAGCCAUCGCCGCGCUCAUCCAGAUUCUCGCCACCUUGGCCGAGUGGGCGUACGUCCCUCGGCGAUGGGCGGGUGCACAGCACUUGACGAAGAGGUUGCUUUUCCUGCUUGUCAUUUUCGUUCUCAACGUCGGCCCUGGCGUAAAGGUGUUCAUGAUUCCCACCGACCCGAAGAAGACUCCGGUGGACAUCGAUCUCAUCAUCGGCAUUGUGCACUUCGUCAUCGCCAUCGUCACCUUCAUCUUCUUCGCCGUCAUGCCUCUCGGUGGUCUUCAGACCUUUACAGCCAGCUACCCCAGGCUCUCGGGCAAUGACAUGGCCAUGUCGUAUGGCCUGUGGCUGACUGUGUUUGGUGCCAAGUUCGGAGAAUCUUACGUCUACCUCACGCUCUCUUUCCGCGACGUGAUCCGCUAUCUCUCCAUCUUCCACCCCAGAUGCCAAGGCGACAACUUACUCGGCUCCUCUAGCAACAUUCUCUGUCAGAACCACCCCGCCAUCCUGCUUGGGUUGAUGGCGUUUACGGAUCUCAUCUUCUUCUUCCUCGAUACCUACUUGUUCUACGUCCUCCUUAACACCAUUUUUUCGAUUGCCCGCUCGUUCUACAUUGGAUCUUCCAUCUGGACGCCCUGGAGGAACAUCUUUUCCCGCCUCCCCAAGCGCAUCUACUCCAAGGUCCUUGCCACGACCGACAUGGAGAUCAAGUAUAAGCCCAAGGUCUUAAUUUCGCAGGUCUGGAACGCUAUCGUCAUUUCCAUGUAUCGCGAGCACUUGCUGGCGAUUGAUCAUGUUCAGAAGCUGCUCUACCAUCAGGUUCCGUCGGAGCAAGAGGGCAAGCGGACACUGAGAGCCCCCACGUUUUUCGUCUCUCAGGAGGACCACUCCUUUAAAACCGAGUUCUUCCCCAGCCAUAGUGAGGCGGAGCGCCGCAUCUCCUUCUUUGCUCAGUCACUGUCGACGCCGAUUCCGGAGCCUCUGCCGGUAGACAACAUGCCAACGUUUACGGUCAUGAUUCCCCAUUACAGCGAAAAGAUUCUUCUCUCCCUGCGGGAAAUCAUCCGCGAAGAUGAGCCCUACUCCCGAGUCACACUCCUCGAGUACCUCAAACAGCUUCAUCCUCACGAGUGGGACUGCUUCGUCAAAGACACCAAGAUCUUGGCCGACGAAACAUCGCAGAUGAACGGCGAUUUCGAGAAAAACGAAAAGGAUGCCGCCAAGAGCAAGAUUGACGACCUUCCCUUCUACUGCAUUGGUUUCAAGUCAUCGGCUCCCGAGUACACGCUGCGAACUCGUAUCUGGGCGUCUCUGCGCUCUCAGACCCUCUACCGCACCGUGUCUGGAUUCAUGAACUACAGCCGUGCCAUUAAACUCCUUUACCGCGUGGAGAACCCUGAAGUUGUUCAGAUGUUUGGCGGCAACUCCGACAAGCUCGAGCGGGAACUGGAGCGCAUGGCCCGCCGCAAGUUCAAGAUUGUGGUGUCUAUGCAGCGCUAUUCCAAGUUCAAGAAGGAGGAAAUGGAGAACGCCGAGUUCCUGCUUCGUGCCUACCCCGACCUUCAGAUUGCCUACCUCGAUGAAGAACCCCCCCUCGCCGAGGGCGAAGAACCACGACUGUACUCGGCUCUGAUUGAUGGCCACUCGGAACUCAUGGAGAACGGCAUGCGACGGCCCAAGUUUCGAAUUCAGCUCUCGGGCAACCCCGUCCUGGGCGACGGAAAGUCUGACAACCAAAAUCACGCACUGAUCUUCUAUCGGGGAGAAUACAUCCAGCUCAUUGACGCCAACCAAGACAACUACCUUGAGGAGUGCCUCAAGAUUCGAAGCGUCCUUGCCGAGUUUGAAGAGAUGAAGACCGAAAACGUCUCUCCAUACACACCGGGGGUCAAAAGUGAUGCCGUUGCUCCGGUCGCGAUCCUCGGAGCUCGCGAGUACAUUUUCUCGGAAAACAUCGGUAUUCUGGGCGAUGUUGCUGCUGGCAAAGAGCAGACGUUUGGUACUCUGUUCGCGCGUACUCUGGCCCAAAUCGGAGGCAAGCUCCACUAUGGUCAUCCCGAUUUCCUAAAUGGCAUCUUUAUGACGACGCGUGGCGGCGUUUCCAAGGCCCAGAAGGGACUGCAUCUCAAUGAGGAUAUUUUCGCCGGUAUGAAUGCAAUCCUCCGCGGCGGGCGCAUUAAGCACUGUGAAUAUUACCAGUGUGGCAAAGGGCGUGAUCUGGGCUUUGGCUCGAUUCUUAAUUUUACCACCAAGAUUGGAACGGGCAUGGGAGAACAGAUGCUUUCUCGCGAGUAUUACUACCUCGGCACGCAGCUUCCCCUAGAUCGAUUCCUGUCCUUUUACUACGCGCAUCCCGGCUUCCACAUCAACAACAUGUUCAUCAUGCUCUCCGUCCAGCUCUUCAUGCUCACGCUGCUCAACUUUGGCGCCUUCAGACACGAGACGAUUGCUUGUGACUAUAACCGGAACAAGCCGCUCACGGACCCCUUGUUCCCAACCGGCUGUGCCAACACCGAUGCAGUCAUGGACUGGGUUCAGCGAAGCAUCUUGUCAAUCUUCUUCGUCUUUUUCCUGUCGUUUGUGCCCCUGAUCGUUCAGGAACUGACGGAACGCGGCGUCUGGCGUGCACUGGUCCGCUUCCUCAAGCAGUUCUUCUCGCUUUCGCCCUUUUUCGAAGUGUUCGUCUGCCAGAUUUACGCGAACUCUGUGCAGCAGGAUCUUUCGUUUGGCGGCGCACGAUAUAUCGGAACCGGACGUGGCUUCGCUACGGCCCGAAUUCCGUUUGGCGUCUUGUACUCUCGAUUUGCCGGGCCGUCGAUUUACUUCGGCGCUAGGCUGUUGAUGAUUCUCUUGUUUGCCACCGUCACGGCCUGGCAGGCGGCGUUGACUUACUUCUGGAUCACCCUGCUCGGUCUUACGAUUUCCCCGUUCCUGUACAACCCUCACCAGUUUGCCUGGAACGACUUCUUCAUUGACUACCGCGAUUUUCUGCGCUGGCUGUCAAGAGGCAACUCCAGAAGCCAUGCCUCGUCUUGGAUUUCCUUCUGCCGUCUGUCACGAACUCGCAUCACUGGGUACAAGCGCAAGGCCCUGGGUGAGGCGUCGGCCAAGAUGUCAGCCGAUGUUCCCCGCGCUGCCAUCGCCAACAUUUUCUUCACCGAGAUCCUCACUCCUCUCCUGCAGGUGGUCUGGACUGUUAUUCCGUACCUGUUCAUCAAUGCUCAGACUGGUGUCUCGUCCGCCAACAACGAAGGGGUCAAGAUCAAGCCGACGGACUCGCUCAUUCGUGUUCUCGUCGUCGCGCUCGGUCCAAUUGGAAUCAACGCUGGAGUGUUGGGGGGCAUGUUCGCCAUGGCCUGUUGCAUGGGCCCGGUCCUCAGCAUGUGCUGCAAGAAAUUUGGCAGCGUCCUGGCCGGCAUUGCCCAUGGAGCGGCUGCCAUCUUCAUGCUCAUCUUUUUUGAGGCCAUGUUUGUCCUGGAAGGCUUCAACUUCGCCAGGACUCUGGCCGGGAUGAUUGCGGUGGUAGCCAUCCAGAGAUUCAUUUUCAAGCUGAUCGUAUCGCUUGCUCUCACGAGAGAGAUGAAGACGGACCAGUCCAACAUCGCAUUUUGGACUGGCAAGUGGUAUUCCAUGGGCUGGCACUCCAUGUCACAGCCUGCCCGCGAGUUCCUGUGCAAGAUCACGGAGCUGAGCAUGUUUGCGGCCGACUUCAUCCUCGGUCACUGGCUCUUGUUCCUGAUGCUCCCGCUCAUUGCGAUUCCGCAGUUCGACAAGCUUCACUCGAUGAUGCUGUUCUGGCUUCGACCAAGCCGCCAAAUCCGACCUCCGAUUUACUCAAUGAAACAGUCGAAGCUGCGGCGGAGACGGGUGAUUCGAUUCGCCAUCCUCUACUUUACGCUGCUGGCCCUCUUCAUUGGUUUGAUUGCCGGGCCCAUUGUGGCUGGUCGCCAAAUCCCGGAGAAAACACUCCGGCAGAUUGGCAACUCGGCUUCGCUUUCGGGCAAGUUCCAGCUGAUGCAGCCCAAUGCCCUGAACAAGGACAACACCAAUGGCACUCAAGAAACUGGCACAGGCAAACCCGGUUACAGCGGUCUGUCCACCACGUCAGCGCGCGAUUUGACCCCUCUCGACUCUCAGUCUGCCGCUCUGUGCCCCGACGCCUGGGCUGUCAUGGAACUCGAGGCGCUGCAUGCGCGGCUGGAAGAUGUGCUGCAGCAGGCGUCGUCCAUGUUUCAGAAAGUGCCCGGGUCUGCAGUCCUGGUGCGCUACGUCCAGUCCAGCUACCAGAACGACCCCGUGCGGUCUGCCAUCGAGCUCGUGCUGGUGCUCUUCUUUAUCCGCUACCUUCUCUCGCCAUCCUACUCGACUCACAAGCAGAACUACGUCAAGCUGAGGGAAGAUGAGAUUGACGAGUUGAUUGACGACUGGGCCCCUGAGCCGCUCGUCGCCGAGCAGACACCCUUUGAGGAGGCCGAAAGCGAAAAGCUCCCCGUCAUAGUUGGCCCAACCGGUCCCAAAGUGAAGCUCUCCAACGGCCGCACCGUCACCAAUCUCGCGUCGUACAAUUUCUACAACUUCAACUCCAACGAGCAGAUCAAGGAAAAGGCCAUUCAAACGCUACGUACUUAUGGCGUUGGGCCUUGUGGCCCGCCCCAAUUCUACGGUACGCAGGAUGUCCACGUCAAGGCCGAGGCCGACAUCGCCAACUACCUGGGCACCGAAGGCUGCAUUGUCUACGCCCAGUCUUUUUCCACAGUAUCCAGUGUCAUCCCCGCCUUUUGCAAGCGAGGCGACAUCAUUGUUGCCGACAAAGCAGUCAACUACUCGAUUCGCAAGGGUUUGCAAGCCUCGCGGAGCAACAUCAAGUGGUUCGACCACGGCGACAUGGACCAUCUGGAGAGGGUCAUGAAGGUCGUCGUCAGAGAGCAGGCCAAAGCCAAGAGGCUGACGCGGCGGUUCAUCGUCACCGAAGGCUUGUUUGAGACGCUGGGCGAUUGCACGGACCUGCCGAGGCUCGUUGAGCUCAAGGAAAGAUACAAGUUCCGCAUCAUCCUCGACGAGACGUGGUCGUUUGGUGUCCUGGGCCGGACAGGGCGUGGGCUCACAGAGGCCCAGAACGUGGACCCCCAACAGGUCGACAUGAUAAUCGGGUCCUUGUCGGGGCCGCUCUGCGCCGGCGGCGGAUUCUGCGCCGGAGCCAAGGACGUGGUCGAACACCAACGCAUCACGUCGUCGGCCUACACCUAUUCGGCUGCUCUGCCCGCAAUGAUGGCCAUGACGGCGAGCGAGACGGUCCAUCUGCUCCAGUCGAACCCCGACAUCCUGUCCCAGUGCCGCGAGAACAUCAAGGCCAUGAAGGCCCAGCUGGAUCCUCGCAGCGAUUGGGUCACGUGCACCAGUGCCCCCGACAACCCCAUCAUGCUUCUUGCCCUCAAGCCAGACGUGAUCAAGGCCCGAAGAUUGACUGUGGACGACCAGGAGCGCGUCUUCAUGGAGUGUGCCGAGGAGUCACUGGCGAAUGGUGUCAUGGUCGCGAGACUCAAGGCAUGGCCGUAUGCCCACGCCAUUGCAGCCAAGGACGGCGGCUGGCACGCGCAGCCGGCGCUCAAGGUUUGCGUCACCUCGGCACUAUCCAAAAAGGAAAUGGAAAAGGCGGGCGUGACGAUUCGGCAUGCGAUAACCAAGGUCAUGACCCGCAAGGCGAGUAGCAAAUUGGCAUGA